GCUCAGAAUGUCACGAACCUUCUAACUUGAUGCUGUGCUCGAUAUGAUUUGCUGAGCAAGGAGAGCUUCUUUGGCCCGUUGAUCAGAUGAACGAGGGAGGCUGGUAGUCCUAUUUUAGGGCUUCUAUCAGGACGACGACAGUGUACCAGUGUACCAGCAACGCAGUUUAGCAUGGAGCGUAACGACGGCAUUAUACGAUGGUCCCCCAACCCUUCAAGGGACCAGUUCAUGACCAUCAAUCUGAACUACCGGAUAGUUCAGAUCUAUGAAGCAACAGGUCACGCUCAACCAGGCCGAUUCGAUUACCAGAAGAUCUGCAAACAUAAUGAGUUUCCUCCGCUCAACACCUAUGACUGGUCGCCUGUCAACCCAGGCCUUGUGGCCAUGGGUACAUCUCGAGGUGAUAUUAACCUGCUCAGAGUUGAUGACGACUCAAAUCAGGUUCUCGCCUUGCCACUCAAGGUCCCCAGACCUUGUCAGUCCGUAGCUUUCAACACUACAGGACUUCUUGCUGUUGGGCUGGACAGAGUGCGUAAUGAUGCUUGUCUCCAGAUAUGGGAUCUGAAUCAGCGGUUGGCUGGUUGGGACCCCAAGAAACGAGGAUGGAAUGUUCCAAAUUCCAACUUGGAACCCAAGAAGCUCGAACCCAGCGUCUCUGUAGCAAGCAUCCGAUUCUUUGAAGAUCAGCCAAAAACGCUUGUUGUUGGCGUAAAGCACCAGAGCGUUCGGAUUCAUGAUCUUCGAGAUCCCAAUUCUAUUGUCGCCAACUUCCCAACGAGAUGCAACAACAAUCUGUCUAUCGAUUAUGCAGAUUCCAAUUACUUUGCUUCUUCAUCCUUGGAUCAACCUGGUCUCGUGGUUUGGGAUCGCCGCGUUACUAGCCGCGCCUCAGCAUCUCCAAUGUACCUCGAGUCCAUUGACCAAGAAGAGGUACCUUGGGGAGCUGCUCUGAAACUGGAUCGUGCGAUUCAGUCAGAAAAGAAUGUUUAUAUCCGUCAGCUUCGAUAUUGUCGUGAUCAGCGGGGCACUCUAGGGGUCCUAUCAAGUGCUGGCCAGCUUCAGAUUUUCCAAACCAACAAGGAAUACGUGGAGCCUGGAUCUGUAAAUGACAUCUAUGGUAGUCCAGAGCUACUAGAUGUUAGAAAGUCAUAUGAUCUUGAGUAUCCCUACUUUGAUAAAGAUCAUAAGAGAAGAUUCGAGGAUAGGAUCGUCAGUUUUGACUGGCUUAACCUUGGUACUUCGGAUCUCCCCGGUCGUGUUAUUGCCUUGAGAGGUAAUGGUGCCUUUGAAAUUCUCCAAAUGCCAGCUCCCACGGCAGGCCGGCUCUCGAAGUUGAUACCCUGGAAGCCUCCACAUAGGCUUGGUGAUCCUUACUUGACUUUGAUGAACUUCAAGGAUCCGAGUGAGCGGGAUAAGCUUCUUGGUCCCUUGUUCGCAAGUGAAGCAAAAGCCGAUAUCCCCGUGUUUGGGCCAGAGAAAUUCACGUCGAGGAGCAUGAGAGCCAAAUUAGAGGCGACUGUCAAAAAAUUGCUCCAGUCCCCACAAGACCCCGUCGUCAAUCUACUUGCUCCGGCGGAAGCAAGUACGGAACAACAAAUGAGCACUCCUAAGUCAGAUUCAUUGAGAGGUAAAAUUGAAGAGCUAAGGUCCGAAUCUAAAGCUGCCAGUCCGCCGCUGGAGAAUUCUGGCCUCAUCAUUCCAAAGAAAGUGUUGUCAAGCAGAGAGCUGCAUGAUAAGUCACAUUACACCUCAAUCAGCCUCAUACCGUCCACUCAAUCCAAGAGCGAAUUGCUGGAUCAUGUUAUGCUUCAACGUGCUAUAGACGGUUAUUUGUUUAACUGCGAACAUAACAUAUCAGUUGUGGCUGAUGAUCUGUGGUUGCAGGAUGUUUGGGAAUGGAUUGAAGGUGCUGACGAAGCAGCAAAGGACGAUGGAAUGGUGUCGGGUCCUCUCGACCUUAGCUACAUGGGCGUUUACACGAUCUGGAUGAAUUUCCUGGGCGAAAAAUCCCAAUCUAGACUUAUUGACAGCACCAUCAUCCCGGACGUGACACAAUGGGAACAUCUCAUUGCUACCAUCAAUAAAAAAGCCGGCCGACCUCAAUUCAAGGGAGUUGAAACUACCAAGCCUCAGCACCGGCAGCUAUGCCUUGCGAUAUGCGGUCUUGGUAAAUCGCCGGAUGAGCUUGAUAAAGACAUGGAAGUCUUAGAAAGUGAAGGCAAAUAUACAACUGCGGCUGCGUAUGCACUCUUUGAAGGCUUUCCAAAGCGUGCCGUCAAUAUCUUGAUAAAGGGUGGCAAGGAUUUGCUAUUCAUAGCAAUGGCGCUGGACAUCAAGCUUGAGAGUAGUAUCACGUUGGGUAUAGACACUAAACAAUGGUCUAACGCCCUUGAUCACCACUCACAGAUGGCUGAAGACCCUUAUUUGAGAGCCAUCUAUGGCUACAUCACUACCGGAAACUGGCGAGCCAUUGCAGACGAAGCAGCACUUCCAAUGCGUGACCGUGUCGGCGUUGCCCUACGGAAUUUUAGCGACGAUGAGCUCACUGAAUGGCUUGAAAAAGAAAUGGAAGAAGCUACUCGCACAGGAGAUAUCGAAGGCAUUGUUCUAGCAGGUAUAACCGAUCAUAUGGCGGAUAUCCUAGCGAAGUACGUUGAAAAGUUCUUGGACUACCAAACGGCAAUCCUUAUCAUGUCAUUUUGUUACCCCCGAUACAUCGACGAUCUACGCUGCACUGCUUGGCGUAAUGCCUACAAGGGGUUUUUGCAACGCCACAGGAAAUUUAUUCUGCGGGUCAAAUUCGAACAGCAAUCUGCCAUUAAAAGUCGUGCCAGAGAUGGCACUCCAGGGAUCAAGCCGCCGCCCCGACAGAUCACCAUUCGCUGCCUUAACUGCGAUUCCCUAACUGCCAACGACCUAGGAAAUACGGGAGCCGCACCCACAAUAGCCCCUGGCCCGACGACUGCCACGAUGGACAACCGCAAUCCUCUAGCAGCUACGGGCAUAAACGCAGGGCUCUGCUGUCGUAAAUGCGGAUCGCAUCUCGCCCGCUGUGCAAUCUGCAUGGAGAUUGUUGGCGUUCCCCGUUCAGAUCGUCCAGAGCAGUCGAAUGAUCCCGCCGUUCGUCGGAUGGCCAACUUCCCAACCUUCUGUCUCAAGUGCAAGCAUGUUUCGCACAUGGAUCAUUCGGUUGCCUGGUUCAGUCGCCAUGUCGAAUGUCCCGUCCCGGAGUGCAGAUGCCAGUGUAACGAAAGGCCGAGCCAGGCGGAGUUGGAUUAGGCUUCUUUGAUAAAACUUGGAGCGUGGCGUACUGGCGAGGCUUCUUCUGCAUUGAGAGGCGUAAAGUCAC